AUGAUCCUGCCAUACGAAGGCGAACGCGAAUCCCAAACUCCCUCCCCACCCCAAAUCGCCUACUUGUCGCAUCUCAAUUCCCGCAACCAAUCGGACCCCAAUGCCUCCAUGUCCGCACCCAGUCGACAGAAGAAAAAUUUUUCCCGCCAUGCCUGGACACACGACGACGUGAAUGUCAGCCGCCGUCUCUCGGAUAUUGGCGAAGAGCUCUCGCCCGCCAGAUCGGAGGGAUUCGGCGAUUCGGACGAACAAGACCUGGCCAGCUCACCGCUACUGCAUGAGCACGACGAUCAGAGCAGGGAUAAUCCUGCGUGGAGUAGCUCCAAUUCCACCAUCAGUGCGGGGAGCAGACGCGCUUCCACUUCCAGGAAUGUGUCUGAGGCGCAUAACGGACGCGACGAAUCCCCCGUUCACCCCGAGGUCGCGAGAGCGCAAGCUACCGCCGUCGUUGGAGCUGCAGGGGCUGCAGAGGGCAAGGGGCCCGGGGAGGAGUUUUCCUCGGCGAUACUGAGUAGCGAGGCGGAGAGGAUCCUGGAGAAUGCGAAGAAACGGUUGAAUCUUAUGGAAAACAAUCUCACUCGAGCUCGGUCGACGACACCGCGCACGACUGCCUCGCCCUCGCCCUCGAAUUCGGGCUAUAUCCAGCCAAUGGGAAUGCACCAGCCGGUGGGCGGACUGUAUAGGUCGAUUUCGCGCACGGAUCCUAAGAGCUCCUCGCUUCGACGGCAGUCGCUUAUUGUGUCGCAGGAUACGACGAAUAAUCGCCAUUCGAGAGUGCACUCGGAGACGAAUAUUCCGUCUGAUUCGAGCUUCUCGAAUGAUAAUAAGCGUAUCUCGCGUUCUGUCAGUGCGAUGGGCGCGAGCACUUCGUCUAGCCUUAAUACUGAUGAUCGAUCGUUCCAGUAUGCACCUACGAGGGCGUAUCUGACGCACCGGUCAUCGGUUUCCUCCAUUCAGCCUCCGAUACAUGUGAAUGACCAGGAACACGGCCAGACGGCGCAGUCACCUGUUUCCACCGAAGACAGUUCGCCGAAUUCGCCACAUGGGUUGGGCAUUUCCUCGGAGGAGGAAUCGAAAUCCAACCCGGAGGGUUUCAGUCCAGUCUACAGCUCCUUUGGUCCCCCUAGCCGCGCGCAGUCGCAACUGCAGGUGCGGGAUCUCCAGUAUCAGAUGAAGGGGCUUCAUAUCAAGAUCUCUUCUCUCAAGGUGAAGACCCAGGAGGAUAAUCUUCGCCGGCGCAGCUUGCAAAGCUUGCGCACGCCCAGCCCAUUGACGGCUGCUGAUCACUGGUAUGCGAAUGCGCUGGAGCUCAGAGAUGGUCAGGGCAGUCGUGGCUCCAAUCCCCGACGUGAUGCCAGCUCUGAAAACAUUCGGGAUGUCUCGAAUGAUGCAGCCGCGGAAGAUCGACGCAGAUCCGAUGAGCACGUCGCUGGGAAUACGUCCAAGCACGCCGGGAAUUGGCAAGGAAAUGAGCCUGCUGACUAUGCCGAUGACCAAUCUGUCGCCGAGACAAUGUACGAAGAUGCCGAAGAAGGUGAUUUCGAUGAGGACAUCGACCGCGAAGCUCUGGAUGAGAUCUUGCGUGAACCGCUUGACGAUGACCUCGAGAGCGACAUGGAAGCCUUCCCUAACGUACCAUCGCACACGGAUGCGACGCCCCACGAGAUGCGCGAGGAUGCGUUCGACUAUGAGCAUUUCAUCUUGCAUAGCGCACUGGGAAACUACACCCAGCAACUCCGUCGGGUAAGCAACAGCUCGAACGGAUCAGUCGAGACAACCCGGCCCGCAUACGCGCGACACUCCCGUACCAACAGCAACAUGUCUGUCUCGACAGUGGCAACCUUCGCAACCGCAAACGAAGGCGAGCGUCCCGACGACGAGGACGACAUUGACAGCGUGAUGUACUGGGACCGACGGUUUAAUCAAGAGGUCGAGGUCGAGGGUGAUCGCUCCGAAACACCCCGUGGACCACGAUACGACGAAAGCCGCGACACCAACCCAGUGGACCCGAACAACCUUUCCCCUCAGAAACCCACUGGCCGUUCAUCCUCAGCUACGGCCGGUUCUGCAACCCCAACCUCUCUUGUCUCGUCCCUCGUCUCGACUGUGCGCGCGGCAUCCAGCACCCCCAGUGUCGGUGGCAUCAACGAUGAUGACACACAGAUGCUGGAAGCACUGUUCGCCAGCCUUGGUAACGUCUGUAUGGAUCUGCAGGCAAUCACGACCUCUUCGGAUCCAGAUGUGAAAGCUGUGCGUGUGCUACGGCGUCGUCUGGAUGCUGCGCGGAGAGUGCUAGAGGGAGAGCUUGAUGCUUGA